AUGGUUAUGGAGAAGCCUAGUCCCCUGCUGGUCGGGCGGGAAUUUGUGAGACAGUACUAUACACUGCUGAACCAGGCCCCAGACAUGCUACAUAGAUUUUAUGGUAAGAACUCUUCUUAUGUCCAUGGAGGAUUGGAUUCAAAUGGAAAACCAGCAGAUGCAGUCUAUGGACAAAAAGAAAUCCAUAGGAAAGUGAUGUCACAAAACUUUACCAAUUGCCACACUAAGAUUCGCCAUGUUGAUGCUCAUGCUACUCUGAACGAUGGUGUGGUGGUCCAGGUGAUGGGGUUGCUCUCUAAUAACAACCAAGCCUUGCGAAGAUUUAUGCAGACAUUUGUCCUUGCUCCUGAGGGCUCUGUUGCAAAUAAGUUCUAUGUUCAUAAUGAUAUCUUCAGAUACCAAGAUGAAGUCUUUGGUGGCUUUGUCACUGAGCCUCAGGAGGAAUCUGAGGAAGAAGUAGAGGAGCCUGAAGAAAGACAGCAGACACCAGAGGUGGUAGCCGAUGAUGCUGGAACUUUCUAUGAUCAGACUGUCAGCAAUGACUUAGAAGAACAUUUAGAGGAAACUGUUGCGGAACCAGAGCCUGAUCCAGAACCAGAACCAGAACAAGAACCUGUAUCUGAAAUCCAAGAAGAGAAAUCUGAGCCGGUAUUAGAAGACAGUGCUCCUGAGGAGACUCAGCAGAGGGCUUCCCCAGCGCCUGCAGACAUAGCUCCAGCACAGGAAGACUUGAGGACAUUUUCUUGGGCAUCUGUGACUAGUAAGAAUCUUCCUCCCAGUGGAGCUGUUCCGGUUACUGGGAUCCCACCUCAUGUUGUUAAAGCUGGUGAGCAAGGUGAUGUUGAACCUCGAAGAAUUGUAAGACACCCUGACAGUCACCAACUCUUCAUUGGCAACCUGCCUCAUGAAGUGGAUAAAUCAGAGCUUAAAGACUUCUUCCAAAACUAUGGGAAUGUGGUGGAGCUGCGCAUUAACAGUGGUGGGAAACUACCCAAUUUUGGGUUUGUUGUGUUUGAUGACUCUGAACCUGUUCAGAAAGUUCUUAGUAACAGGAUCUUCCGCUAA